AUGCCACCCAAGAAGGACACUACCGGCGAAGACGCCAACGUGCUUCUCCCAGGCUUCACUGACAAGGAGACUAAGCUUAUUGCCGCCGCGUUCCUGAGCUCCAUCGGUCCGGACAAGUUCGACUACGAGACCAUGGCCGCACUGACCAAGAACACAGCUGGCUCGCUCAAGAAGAUGUGGCCUCCCGUCAAAAGAAAGGCAAUGGAGAGCCACCCGCCCUUUGCCAAGUUCCUCGGCCAGUCUAACGGCGACGCUACUGCAUCCACCUCUGAAGCCCCAAAGCUUCCCGCAGCUCCAAAGUCUAGGAAGCGCAAACCUGCACAUGAGGCGUCUGAGGAUCCCGCCAAGCCCGAACCCGACAGCUCGGAGCCCGAUAAGAAACCAACCAAGAAGAAAGCUGCUACUACUGCUGCUGCUGCUGCGACGACGAAAAAGGGUCGCGGUCGGCCGAAGAAGCAGCCCAAGAUUGAGUCUACGGACGAAGAGAACUCCGCUGACGGUGGCGAUGGCCGUGGUGAGUUUACGUCAAAGAGAGCUGUACAGCGUUGGCUGCAGAGUACUGACUACGAGUAA